AUGGAUCUACCAAAAGCCAUCUUUUAUGACAGUUCUCUGAACUUAUUUCUUUGGAUUACAUGUGUAUUCAUCUGCUGUGGCUCAACACAGCAUACAGUUCACAGGACCGAUGCACUCAAGCGUAUCGAUCAAACAGCUGUGGAGCUUCAACACGAAAGAGUACAUCGGGAGAUCACUGGUAGUGAUUCCCAAAGCCGCUGCGAAAGGAAUGAGACAGUAUUUCAGAGCGGAAAGUGGAAUUUUUGUUAUUAUGACUACGCCUGCUUUAAAAUUUUCUCGGAUUGCUGCCCGGACUAUGUACGAGAAUGUGGCCGACAGGAAUUCCACGCACCGAAAACUUCGACUAUGUCUUGGAAAUGUGUCCAGUGGAAAUGGUUGACGGUUUGGUCGGCGGCACUCGAAGGAGUUGUUGGCGCUUGGAUGGUUUACAAAUGCCCUCCAAACACGACCUCCGACGAGCUGAGAGCGAAAUGUGAGAAGGCCUCGGAGAAAUUUUCGUAUCCCGUAGUGGAUUUUAUCCCGGUAGUCGGGGCGAAUUCCCUGACGUUCCGAAAUAAGUACUGCGCUUUGUGUAAUGGGAUGGAAAAUUACACAGCGUGGAACGUUGGGGUUUUUACACAUGUCGUACCACCCGAGGAUUACGACUUGGAUUCUAGGCUGAGGUUUAUCCUUCAGAAUGGGGGAUAUAUUGAUCAUAUUUCACCCGAAGAGGGACAACCUCGAAGAUAUUGCUAUGGUAGAAAUUAUAUGGACAACUGUAGUUCAACAAACGACACCUCCUACAAGGCUUGUGUUAAAGGUCCGGUCGAAGUCGUGACAAGUAGAGAUUAUUUGUACUUUAAGAACACCGCAUGUGGAGUAUGUAACGGAUAUCCUGGGCUUACAGGAUGGUUAAUGGCGGCAAGGCUCAGUCGCAAACCUGAAGGAUUUUCGAUUGCGUUUAAGUUAACAAACGCAGGUGAAAGACCAUCUACUACUAUAGUCUCCGAAAAAUGUCCCUCCGGAACGGUUUAUGAUACAAACCUAAAGUUCUGUCGCGAAGGCUACAUUAUUGCAUCCAGCACUGGUCAACAAACCAACGAAUUCUUGAUAUUGUUGUGGUUAAGACAGCCGGCUAGAGGCGAAAUAAACUCGAAGCUGGAAACCGAUUUAAAAUCAGCGUUGGCUUCACACUUUUCUCUUCAAGCCAAACAAAUUUCAAAAAGUACUCUUCAUAAACAAGAUGCAGCGAAUACUUUUAUCGUUUGUACUUUUCGUUUAACGUUGACGCCAUUUCAAAGUUUAAUAAUGGACAACCAACACACGGCCAACUUAAAUAUCACCCGCGAAAACCAUGCGUUCUUGGAACUUUUGAACUUUACACAAAAUGUUACCGUUACUUGGAAAAAUUACGGUUUCCAUGUGGUCAGUGUGAUUUCAAAACGACUUUCAUGUUAUGGGGGAAAGAAAUUGCAAUCGCAUGAAUACAACAUAGUGAAUGAAACAGGAGAAUUAGUCGUCGAAACUGGGGAAGUAUUUUCGUUAAAUGAUUAUGCUCUACUGAUAGUAGACGGAAAUAAUACAUUAUGUCGAAGACUGGUCCUUUCAGAUUGCAGAGAGGGUGCUUACGUUCCAUUAGUUCCAAAUGAAUACGUGAUUUUCCCUAAUUUGUCAGUUUAUCACAAUGCAACGAACAGUGUUUUUAACUUCGGAGAGUAUCUAAUCAAUGAAAGAUUAAGCCAAAGAAAUAACAAUAUCCUUAAUGAUACUCAAAACUCAAGAAACUCAACAAUUGCCGUUUGUUUACCGUAUAAAAAUUCUUUCAACAAAACCAAAACAACACAUAGUAUAAACACGAAAAGUUACGGACUGCGAAUUCUGACAUCAAUUGGUCUGAGUGUUUCGAUAAUCUGUUUGGCAUUUCUUUUGAUCACUUAUGGAUUAUUUCAGGAAUUAAGAACUGUUCCAGGAUUGAAUUUGAUGAAUUUGAGUUUCUCAACGUGUCUGUCACAAGUUAUAUGGUUGAUAGGUACCGCUGUUUUUCAAGGAACAAUAGUUUGCGAAGUCUUAGCAAUACUGGAACACUAUCUUCUACAAGUAUCCUUUUUGGCCAUGUCCAUCAUUUCACAUCACACAUAUCACGUUUUAUCACAACCUUUCGUUGGGAGAACUGCCAACACAUCGUGGCGAAGGUUCCUCAAGUAUUCAGCAUUCCUGUGGCUAACUCCUGCUGUAUUUGUCGCAGUUUGUGUCGCCUUGGACAAAACUGAAGUGUUCCUAGUGAAUUAUGGAAUUAAUUACUGUUGGUUGGGAACUGCAAAUGCUAAGCUGUAUUUAUUCUUAUUACCCCUGGCAGUAUCACUACUCUAUAAUAUCUACAAAUUUAUCCAAACAGCAGUCAGUUUAUCUCGUCAUGCUAAGGACAGAGAGAUCUUACAACACAAAGAAGAAAAACAGAAUCUUCUCAUCUGCACAAAACUUGCAACUUUAGUCGGUUUUCCCUGGCUGUUUGCAUUCAUUGGCGUGCUGUUUCCCGAUGUAGAAGCAUUCGACUAUUUGUUUGUUCUUUUUGUUUGUUUACAAGGAUUGUAUGUAGGAAUGGCGUUCCUGUUCAACAAGAAAACACUGAAACUGUAUAAGGAUCGAUGGAAUAUUGGCUCCAGAGGAAAUAGACCUUCUCAUACCGGUACCAAAGAAAGUUUUGAAUUGCAAGCAUUGAAAUCCACUUCGACGGAUCCAAAAACUAUUUCUGUAUAA